AGUUGAGUGAGCGUGUCCUGAUGACAAUUGGCUUCUCACCAUCGAAGCCGUCCAAUCUAGUCGGGCAAGAAGUACUAGUUGACCGUGACACGCCCGGAGAAGAACCCUCCCCUUUCUCGACCUCCCUGCAUGGCAGAGUCACAAGCCUUCGUGUAGCUCCCAAUAGACGGGAUGCCGAGGCAGUAGUGAUGUUGAAGAGUGGCGGUCCAGAUAACAUUCUGGUCGUUCCCGCGAAUAAGGUGUAUCCGUUGGAGGCAUCUCGCUACGCCUUAGAGCACUCGGACGUCUCUUACUGUAUCCGAGAGGGGGAACUGCCACUACACAGAGGAACGGUUACAGCCACAGUCAUGGCCCGGCUGCCGAGGAUCUGCACGGCUGACGUCCCGCCCAAGAUGCAGGUCAGUCUGGUAUGCAGCCGAAGCCCUCUAGGGGAGGUAUUGGGCGACGGUGCUGGCAGCAUCGGCCACCGACAUAAGGUCGAGCAGGUGAACCUUAAGAGCUCCAAGAACGUGGUGUGGAUCGUGGGUGAAGGCGACCUAGCUGCUACUUGGUAUGCUCUCGCACGCAACUCGUCUCAAGGCCCCGAGGAUGAGAAACUGCGAGCGGCUUGUCUUGUGACCUCUCUUCUCGCGACCGACUGCGAAGGGCGAUGCCAUGCUGCUCUAUUUCUCAAUGGCGGCUACUCUCUAGAGGCCUUUCCAUUGGGAUCCAAUUCCGAGGGGGCAUAUGUGAGUGCUCUUAUAGGGCAUGCUUACGGCCAUCUGACUGAGUUGAUCGGGGAAGUCGAGCCAUCCUCAACGGUUCAUAAGGCACUGAGCCUCCUAGGUAUGUCACGAUUAUCGUGGCCUGCUAUCAACGAUCCUAAAAAACCUAGGGAUCUGAUCAAAGCCCUGACUGUACUCGGCAUCGACGUGAGCGCCUUCAUGCAUAUAUGUCUUGCGCUCAUGCUCCUGAUUCAGAGCUCCUCUAUAUCAACUUCAUUGUGCAUCCGUCCUGAUGAAUUGAUCUGCGAUCUUCUCGGUCUCGACAUGCCUCUCGAUAAGCGAGUUGCUUCAAUCGAGUUCGUAUAUGUGCUCCAGAGGGGCUUGCUGUGUUGGGCGGCGAGCCUUGAAGCGUCACAAGAAAAUGGAGAUGGAACCAUCAUAGUUGCUUGCCCAGCUGACCGUCGUGAUAGCUACGGCAGCUACGGUAAUUUAUUGCUCGCACGAGAGGCCCUCCGAAUCGCACGCUGCACACGUGCUGCGGAUUAUUUGGAUGAGCUAUUCCGUAAGGCCUGUGAGCACAUCAGGUUGCCGAGCUCGGGCGACGAACGAGUUUUGAAUCUACUACGGGGCUCAUCGAGCGGUCUGGUGAAGGAGCUCUGCCAGGCUGCUGCGGACGAGCAUGUGGGACAGGACUGGUUAGAUGCAGCCAAGGAGAGCGUUGAGUGUGUCAGAGAAUCUGGUGUGGCAGCACAUGUCAUAAUUGUAUUGAGAGACGAGAGGAACCCACUAAGUACGCUGAGCAGCUCUGGCUCUUCUCAACCAUCGCAGCUACCCGCCUCAACCCGAUGA